AUGAGACGAAUUGUCCAGAAAUUUCCCUCUUUAUUGGCUCGAAGUUUCCUUCACUCACCCUCUAAUCUCCGCCGUUCGAACACUCAAACUUGUCUUGUUCCUCUCCUCGACCGUUCUAUCUCCCGGUUCGCCUUCUUCUCUUCCGAUUCCAACUCGGCGCUUGGUCCGAAAACCGACGAGGUUGUUUCGAAAGAAGAGCUGAAAAAAAGAAUACAAAGCUUUUUGGAUGAUGGAGAUGAGGAUGCAUUGCCUAACUUAUUCGAGGCAAUGAUGAUUAGGAAGUUAUCGGGUAAGCACGAUCAAAGUGACGACGAGGUGAUGGAGGAGGUGCGAAAGUAUCCGAUUAACGAUGCACAUAAGAAGGUCGAUGACAUUGACUCAGGUAACGAGAAUGAUGGCCAUGGUGGUUCGUCCGAUUCAGAUAUCCAAAGUGAUGAUGGCACGAGCGAUGGUGAUUCGUCUGAUUCAGAUAUCGAAAGUGAUGAUGACACGAGCGAUGGUGAUUCGUCUGAUUCCGAUAUCGAGAUUGAUGGCCCGAAUUCUGACCACUCCUCUGAUUCUGACUCUGAAAGUGAUUAA